AUGUCGUCUCAAAACAAACAUGUUAUUUGCAUUACUUCCUGUGACCGCUAUUUGGGAAAUGGAAUUGCUCACUGCUUGCUUCAUGAAAGAAAGAAGAGAGGUCACAAGUAUCAUGUACGCGUUCUCGCACGUGAUACCUCUAAUAUGGAUGAAUUUAAAAAACUCGGUGCUGAGGUUGUUCAAAUUGAUUAUAGUAAAACCGAGACAAUUGAACAUGCUUUAACCGAUUCUCUAUGGGUAAUUUGGAUUCCCGAGUCGGAUAACGACCUUCUUCACAUGGCUAAAACUUUUGCUGAUGCUGCUAAAAAAGCUCGUGUAAGCAACUUGCUCUUUUGUUCAAUACUUGGUGCUGAUGAUGCCGAUGAAAAAUGUCUUCGCGAAUUCAGGGAUAUGGAAAAAAAAGCCGAAGCUGCUAAAAAUCAACUUGCCCUUCCAAUUAGGCGCGACAGUCGCAUGGCACCAAUUCAUCUUAACGAUGUUUAUUGCACAAUCCACUGCAUCAUUUAUGACGAACAUGAUCAACUUCGUAAUGAAAUGGAUAAAAAUCAUCACAAAAGACAUUAUACUCUUACCGGUCCGGAAUCUAUCUCCGCUAGCACUCUCAUGGCUAUGAUGAAUAUAGUCACCGACGCAAACGUUGAAUUUACGGAAAUUAAACGCAAAGAGUGUGAAGAAUAUUUGAAAUCAUGUAAAGAUGAAAAAAUGAUCGGACUUACCAAACUUGGCGAUCAAGAAGGCCGCGAAGACUUGUUCCCUAAUCCGCCAUGUCCUAACCAAACUGAAAUCUUGAUUCUGUAA